UGACUGAAAAACUCGUCUCGACAAUUCAAAUCACAAAGCCUGAAUCGUUCGCCGUUUUAUGACGUAGGCUACUCUUAAAGAUUAGACGAACUAUCUGGAUGCAAUUGUGCAAACCAGUUUCUAUCUUCAUUUAGUGUAAGUUGGGAUUCUGUUCGAUGCAAUUGAAAAGAUGAGGAGUUUGUUUAUAAUUGCCCUGGUGUUACCUUUGGUGUUUGGUGCAAAAUUUUUUAUUCCAAAUAUAAAGGCCAAUUGGCACAAGGCCCAUGAAUUCUGCCACUCCCUAGGGAUGACGAUUUUGACGGUCGAGACGCGGGCAAAGCAUGAAGAGGUUAUCAAUUUUGUGAAGGAAUCCGACGAUAAGCUGUCGAAUCUGACCCGCUACUGGAUUGGGGCAAGUGAUCUUGCCGAGGAUCGUUCCUUCACCUGGGUCACCAAUGGCCGGAUGCUCACGUUUAAUAAUUGGGCCCGAGGAGAACCCAAUGGAAUCGACGGGAAGGAGGCUUGCGUUGAGAUGCUGUAUCAGAAGCACGCAAAAUACACAUGGGGCUGGAACGAUAACAAGUGCAGUUUUAAUACGUUUUUCAUCUGUGAAGAAAAAGCUAGCUGUAUUUCACCGUUUUGAAUAAAUAAAAAUGAAAUGUUUGAAA